AUGGCAGACACUAUUUUUGGACCUCAAAAUGUGACCAGAUUCAUUACAGACAAUUCUACCGUGCAGACCGAGGGCAUGAACGUCUUCAAAUUUUGCAUUUACUUUGCCAUUCCUGCCGUAGGUCUCGUUGGAAAUGGGCUCAUCAUAUUUGUGACCGGCUACAAAAUGAAGACGACAGUCAACUCCAUUUGGUUCCUUAACUUGGCAAUUGCAGACUUCAUCUUCUCCUUAACUCUCAUCAUAAGCAUGAUUUUAGCCUUAUGCAAGAUGGCUUGGCACUUUGGCGACUUACAGUGCAAGUUUAUCCAUUUCAUGAUUUACUUAAACAUGUUUGCCAGCAUUUUUUUGCUGACGACUAUCAGUCUGGACCGAUGCCUGUGCACAUGGAUGGUCGUGUGGACUCAGAAUAAUCGAACCCUGUUCAAAACCAGAAUCAUCUGCAAGAUUGUGUGGGUUUUAUCCAUUGGCUGCAGCAUCCCCGCUGUCCUCCGUCACUCAACAGCAGAGCCUGAUGGAAUCUGUAACUAUCCAACUUCUAUACAAUCCUACAAGGCCUUGGUCACAUAUAGGUUCAUAGUGGGCUUCAUCAUCCCCUUCUUGAUCAUUGCAUCUUCAUAUAUAGCUAUCGGAGUGCGAGUCAAAAGCCUCAAAAAGGCGAAGCAGCUCAGGUCAUACCGGGUUAUUAUAGCUGUGGUCCUGGCCUUUUUCAUAUGCUGGUUUCCUUAUCAUAUCCACGAGUUUUAUCACAUACGUGCACAGGAGAAUCAAUGGAGUGAGUCAGAUAAAGAGGUUUUAUUAAAAACAGAAGCUGUAGUGAACUGCCUGGUUUUUUUAAACAGCUGUCUGAACCCCAUUCUCUAUGUGUUCAUGUGUGAUGAGUAUAAGAAGAAGCUUAAACAGUCUCUGCUGCUGGUGCUGGAGACGGCUUUCGCCGAGGAUCAUCUGGACUCAAAGCAAACAAAAGACAUUGCUAUCGCUACACCUGCCAGCUGCCAGGAUGAAAAACCAAGCCAUUAA